CUGAAUUCUAAACCGGAUAUCCGCCCUUCUACCCGAGCGAGGAGGAACUUCGCCACACGUGGAUAUCUGGAGAGAAAGAACACGUUACCUGCAACUUUUGAGAUUUUUUCGAUACAAAGCAACCGCUUUGAUAUAUUUUAAGUCUUUAAAACUUUCUCUCGUCGAGAUGUUUCUGCAGUUUUACAUAAAUGAAGGCGGGGACAGAGUCUACACCCUGAAGAAGAUUUGUCCUGAUGGGCAGCCCUCCAGCUCGGCCCACCCCGCUCGCUUCUCCCCAGACGACAAGUUCUCCCGACACCGUGUGACGGUGAAGAAACGCUUCAACCUUCUGCUCACCCAGCAGCCCAGACCUAUUCUGUGAGGGACGGUGGCGGGUACAUUGAUGGAAAUCAGACCAAGAAAUGGAGGGAUGCGGGCGAAGAUGGGACUGUAAAGCAAAAAGUCUAAAAACACAUUCAGGAUCACAAUUUAUGAACGUGCAGUUGGGAUUUGUCCUCAGUUUCACCCCAGUUUUUAGGAGGCAGUUCAUGCGUUGGAUAUCAACAGUUGUUGAUGUUAUGGAUCUUUUUUUAUGCACCGUAAUCUGUUGACAUUCAUUUAGGAUAAUGUUUUUGUUUUUUACCAUGCUGAAUAAAUGUUUGGUUGAUGGUUU